CACUCUCUGCUUCGCUUCAGUGCUGCUUCUUCUCUUUACUCUGUUUCUUCAUCUUCGUCUUCUUCAUCAAUCAUCAUCACCUUCAUCACCUUCUUCUUCUUCUUCAACCAAAGCUUUAAACAAUUUUCAAUUUUCAUCUUAAAAAAAAAAAAAAAAAGAAAACAAAAAUGGCUAGAAGUGCCACAAUUCCAUUUCCAAUACUUGAUUUCAUUCCUGUUGGAUUCAGGUUCAAGCCAACAGAUGAAGAGCUUGUGAGCUAUUACCUCAAUCACAAGCUCCUAAAUGACAAUUUUCCAAUCAAUAUUAUCCCUGACAUUGAUCUUUGCAAGGUUGAACCUUGGCAAAUUCCAGCAUUAUCAAAGAUAAAAUCGGAUGAUCCAGAAUGGUUCUUCUUUAGUGGACGUGAUUACAAGUAUGGAAAGAGCAAAAGAUCAAACAGGGCAACCAAAGGAGGAUAUUGGAAAGCCACAGGACAAGAUAGAUACAUAAAGGAAAGAGGAACUACCAAUGUAAUUGGGAGCAAGAAGACACUGGUUUUCUAUAGUGGCCGUGUUCCUAAUGGUGUCAAAACCAAUUGGGUUAUCCAUGAGUAUCAUGCUACUACCUUUGAUGAUAGCCAGAGGAAUUUUGUUUUGUGUCGCUUGAUGAAGAAAGCCGAGAGAAAAUCCGAAGAUGGAACUGAUGCACAAGCUUGUGAUGAGGGGGAACCUAGCACUCAUAUGGAAGAAGCAGAUGAGAGUGUCCCAAGUAUGUUUGAGUCGCCAGAUGUGGACAUGGGUUCGAUCUUCCACACACUGCCUCAAGACGGAUCAUCAUCACAGCACUCUCCAGUCAGCAUUGAACAGCAAGAAUCCUUCCCAUUCUCCCCAUCUGAAAAUUAUUACCUUGUAAAUGAAGAUAGAAGUAUGCAUAUACAAUUCGAAACAAACGAAGAGAAGCAAGAUGCUGAGAAAUUUGCGGAUUCGAUUUUGGAUGGUGGAAAUAUAGCUAUGUUUGAAGAAAGACAGCAGCAUCAUACUUUCAUGAAUAAUCACCUCCGCUCAGUCCCAUCAAUGAGGGUAUGCUAUGAAAGCAGUGACACAGAUGCUGAAGUAGUCUCUAGACGGGCUGGUUCAAGAGAAUACCAUGUAUCAAAAAUGGUUCAAUCAUCACAUGGUGCUGCGUGCACAGAUAAAACUAGAAGUAUCUCUUCAGAAGACUUUUGGGGAUUGGAUUCAUCUUCAUGUGACUCAAAUGCAGAUAAACCUUUUGAGAUCAAUUCUAUUGAAAUUUCUAGUCCUCCAUCGGCUCUAAGUAGAUCGAAAAAUCAAUAUAUUCCGAGGCUAUCUCAAACACAUAGGAAGGUUUCAAGCAAUGCAAUUCCCCAUCUUGAGGAUAAGAAGAAAUUGACCACUGUGGAACAAUCAAGAAGAGAUCAAGAAAAAGCUCAAAAAACUAGUCCAGGAAAGAAGCUAGAAACCAGAAGCUCUGAUGUUAAUAGAAUUGGUAGUUUCAUCCACCUAGAGCCGUGUUCAUCGAGCGAAAGCCUGACUCCACGAGCGGUAUACCUUGUUAAUGUAGUUAUUGGGAUUUUGUUGCUUCUAGCCAUUAGUUGGGAUGUGCUAUCUUGUUAGAGAAGUGUUGCCAUGCAAGAUUUGUUUUAGGAGUUUCAUAGUUAUAUACAUAGGUUAAGUAAUAAUAUAGUUUAUAUAGAUCUUGCACUGAUGCAAAGAUUACUGCACCUUUCUUAUCAUAAUGAAAAUUAUGCUUGUCAUUAGUAGUAA